GUUCAGGCCCCCCGUCACCGCUAUCGUGGAUAUUGCAUUUAUUUCGAACACGUUGCUUUGUUUCAACAAUUUGCUCCUGUCUCAGCGACGCAAGCCGCGCCACAUUAUCGGCACUUCUGUCAUUCUGACACUUCAGUGCUACACCCGUGCUUCAAUUGAGAAGUAGCAGCGUGCAGCAGGGCUCCACAAACAGCUGCUGCUGAGCCUCAAAGUCAGCCGCUCUUCUCCCGGUUUCCUUUAGCAUGGUGGGAAUCGACACGGGGGGCAAGAUCCCCCCGGAAAUCAUGCGCCAGGCGACGGAAAAAACAGCACAGCUGGCGCCGCUGGAGGGAGGCCAUAUUUACUCGAUUCUAAAGCAGACGCUAGAGAAGCUCGCCCUAGUUGGCCAGCUUCAAGUCGACCCUAAGGUCCAGGCUCAUGAGCUAACUCAAAGCGUGGGCGAGGAGAUCUCGCGCAUGAUCACGGAGCAAAAGAAGCUCGAAAGCCGCUUCGAGGAGCUGGUGGCACUGCAGCACGUUCUCCGGCACCAGCCCAACAAGACGAAGCUGAUGGAGAACCAGAACGAGCUACAAAAAGUAGCUGAGGCGUUGCGGCAAAGCACAAAACAGCUCUGCCGCAACUUGAAGGACAACCCGAACGUGGCGGAAAACAUGUUGAAGGUGGCUAGUGAGCGGCAGGCGCUGCAGCUGCUGCUGUCCAACUGCCUGAACGAGAUUGAGGUGUUCGGCAAGGUGCAGCCGCUGGUGGAGAGCGUGAUGGCGCAGCAGGCGGCGGAGCAGGCCAUGAAGGAGACCAUUGAGCGCGAGAAGAACACCACGGCAGCGGUGCGCCAGUUGCGCAACGACCUGCGUGAGGAGAAGCUGGACCACGAGGAGAAGAUGAAGGAGAAGAAGAAGGGCCUGUCGACGCUCAAGGAACAGCUCAAGGCGCUCAAGAUGGACACGGCCGUGUCCACGCGCUACCUCAGCAAGGACCUCACCGCCGGCAACGAGCACGAGCGGAGGCUGCAGCGCACACAGCUGGAGGACCUGCUGAAGGACCUGGGGCUGGUGCAGCAGCAGAUCGACAUCGAGAAGGCGGUGCACGCCACGCAGGCUGAGUUCCUGCGCCAGAUCGCGGCCAAGAUGGCGGACGACAGCAGCAACUGGGCGUCGCGGCACGACGGAGACCUGGCGGCACGGGAGAAGGAGCUGGAGAUGCUGAAGCAGCAGCACGCGCGCGACCUGAUCGAGCUGAAGAAGGCGGAGGAGAAGUUUAAGAUGGAGCAGGCGCUGAAGAAGGAGCGCGAGAUGAAGGCGACGGAAGAGCGCGAGCGGGCCGAGUUCGAGGAGAUGCGGGAGACGCGGCGCGCGCAGGCGGCGGUCAUCAUCCAGGCCUGGUGGCGCGGGCACAAGGUCCGCAUGGUCAUGUCGGGUGGGGGCAAGAAGGGCGCCAAAAAGGGCGGCGCCAAGAAGAAGAAGUAAGGCAUGGGCGCGUGUAUGGGGGUUGCAGGAGGCGUGCGUGUGUGAUGGGACAGUGUCAAGGCAGGUUGCUGGAGGCGUGCGUGUGUGCGUGUGGCGGGUAGGAGUGUGCGAUGGGGUGGGAAAAGCGCAGUGCGAGUAGGCAUGAAGAGGCCACUAUGUGGACACGUGUGGCAGGUGUGCUGUAAACGUGUACAGUGACGUGCAGAAAUGCUAGAUAGAAGAUGUAGCUAUAUGCAGAAAUAGGUCCGGAGGUGACUAGUGAGCGGCGAGUGGAGGCAGCAAGAGGCCAGGGCGCAUAUGGACUGCAUGCGUACUGACGACCGUGAUGAUGGCCAGUGUUGUCGGUGUUGUGGGCUUGUGGCGAUAGUUUCAAAGACGCCAAUCGCAUGUAACCGUUGCAAGAA